CUCUCUCUAUCUCUCUCUCUCUCUCUUCAUUGUACGUACAACUUUUCAUGCAAAUCAUGGGUAAUCUCAUGCUUUUAAGUAUCAUCAUCUUGUCUUUCCGUACCUCCCAUGGCUUAAAAGGCGGUUGGCAAAAGGCGCAUGCAACUUUUUAUGGUGGCGAAGACGCGUCUGGUACCAUGGGUGGUGCAUGUGGCUACGGUAACCUCUACAGUGAUGGCUACGGCACAAACACGGCUGCAUUGAGCUCCUCCCUCUUUAACAACGGGCUGAGCUGCGGCGCCUGCUACCAGUUGCGGUGUGUCGACGACCAAAAAUGGUGUCUACAUGGCAUCAUCACCGUCACCGCCACCAACUAUUGUCCACCAAAUUAUGCAUUGGCCAAUGACAAUGGCGGGUGGUGCAACCCGCCUCUCCGUCACUUCGAUCUGUCGCAACCGGCUUUCUUGAAGAUCGCACAGUAUCGGGCUGGAAUCGUACCCGUUGCUUAUAGAAGGGUACCAUGUAUAAAGCAAGGAGGCAUGAGGUUCACAAUCAAUGGUCACUCUUACUUCAACUUGGUUUUGAUCACCAACGUGGGCGGUGCAGGGGAUGUUCAUAGCGUCGCGAUCAAAGGGUCGAAAACAGGAUGGCAAACAAUGACAAGAAACUGGGGCCAAAACUGGCAAAGCAACUCUUAUCUCGACGGUCAAAGCCUCUCUUUUAGAGUAACAGCCAGUGACGGAAGAGUUGUCACUAGCUACAACGUGGCACCUUCUGGUUGGCGGUUCGGCCAAACAUUUCGAGGUCGUCAGUUUGAAGAUCUCUGAGAAUACCAAUAUCAAACCAGUAUAGAAAGCCAACCCGAAUCGGUUAGGUUCAAGAUGGCGGUUCCCGGUUCAACCGGCCCAUCCUGUAUUGAAUAAAAAGGGGAUUUAUGACUGUGGUUUUCAGUUUGUUAGUUUAUACGCCGAGUUAUUUUUGUUAAAAAUAAUUGUCCAAUUUACAAUCCUAGACUGUAACGCGAUUUAUACGAUACAUAAUUGUCCA